AUGCGUCGCUGGAAAAUGAUUGGUUUAUGCGUCUUUUCGAUCGGUGCAAGCCUGUUGGCGUUAAGCCUUCUGAUUCCGACGAUUGCGCAAUGCUUCAGAAGUAAACGUUUUGCUGGAUUUGCCAGUGAAGAUGGAACACCAAAUGAACCACCAAUACGUAUCUAUCCAUCCGUACCGCCAAAAACUGAUGGACAUUUGGGUCCACAAGAGGCACAGAUCAGUCCAAACAGUGAACCGAUUCCAGUAAUUGAGGAGAUUACAAAAAUACAACCUGUCCAAGGUAAAACACCGGCACCGGCAACAGUGGUAACGGCCGAUGAACUGUUAAAUAACAACACGGAACCAGCAGUUGCCCAGAACACCAUUUUCAAAGCAUAA